ACUAUCGGUAGGCGUGGAGCGGUUUUUAACGUCCCGGAGCUUGCCCAUUACUCCCGGUCACUUGACUGCGUUAACUGGCCAAGCCGCCUGGAACUUCUGCUCAACCAACCUUCACACACAACAGCCAUGAAAAUCUGGACAUCAGAGCACAUAUUCAACCACCCCUGGGAGACGGUGACCAAGGCGGCGAUGCAGAAGUACCCCAACCCCAUGAACCCCAGCGUGUUCGGCGUGGACGUGCUGGACCGGUGCGUGGACACGCAGGGCAGACUCCACAGCCACCGGCUCCUGAGCACAGAGUGGGGCCUCCCCUCCAUCGUCAAAGCCCUGAUCGGAGCCACGCGAACACGCACGUACGUCCAGGAGCAUUCGGUGGUGGAUCCCGAGGAGAAGACAUUCGAACUGAAGUCCACAAAUAUCACGGGCACUAACCUGGUGUCUGUGGACGAGAGGUUGACGUACAGACCACACCCACAUGACCCGGAGAAGACGAUACUGACACAAGAGGCGCUCAUCACUGUGAAAGGGGUCAGCUUGAGCAGCUACCUGGAGGGCGUCAUGGCAACCUCCAUCUCUGCAAACGCCGGGAAGGGUCGUGAGGCCAUGGAGUGGGUGAUUCGCCGGCUGAACACGGAGAUCGAGGAGCUGGCGGCCACCGCCCGCGGAACCAUCCGGGCCCCCAUGGCUGCGGCAGUCACAGAGAAAUGACCCCGCCCUCCCGGAGCGACCCACGCGCCCCUGCAGGGUGGCACUCUGCUCUGACGCCGGCACAGCCUUCCUCUGUGCCACCCCGCCCCCCCCCCCCCCCCCUCACUGCGUGUCUACAUUAGAUACCGGCUGCAUAUCGCGGGUGGCACAGAGGAAGGCUGGCGGGGCAUUACCGGGGCGGGCAGCUCUGACUCUGCGCUGGCACGCGCCCUGAGAAAGCUGGCACUCCGUGCGUCACAUGACCCAGGCCUCCUCCCGCGCCCGUGGCAGGGGGGGGAAACGGACGGACUCAAAAUGGCGUCUCGGGCUGAAGUCCUGCGGCCCCACAGGCCUGUUUAUCCGAAUUUAGCACUUAAAUGCUUAGUGUGAUCCCUCCACUGGCUCAGGAGCCCACGCGUGUUCCCCAUGCUGAUUUGGCCGCUGGUGGAAGGGACGCCACAGAGAGGCAGGUGCAGAAGCAGAAGCGCUUUCCUGAUCUCUCUCCCGCCGUCUCCGUCUCCGCGUGCAGACCGCCGUCCCGUGCGGUGUGGGGCGGUGGGCGCCGGGCCGACGGGUUUCGUUUCCUCUGAGCACUUGCUUGACCCCUGUGUGAGGGGAGCGGGCUGGAGCCGGCGCAAACUGGGCCGUGGAAGACCAGCGCAGACCCGCGCAGCGAUGCCGCAUGCCGUGCCGCAUGCCGUCAGUGUCGCAUGCCGCAUGCAUCGUCGCAUGCAGUGACGCAGCCACAGCCGGCUUUCUCAGGGCGCAUUUUUCAGCGCAGUUUCUCAAGCUGUCCAGCCCAACGCAGGCAACUGAAUGUCAAGUACUGUACAUUUAUAUUUUUAGAACUAUUAUUAUUAUUAUUAUUAUUAGAACAAGAAACUGAAAUGAAGGGAACAUGAUAAAAAAAAUUCUAAUUUCAUUUUAUAAUAGUAGAGGACCAUCUGGAAUGCAGUGUGAUGUUUAUGCUACACGUAUAGGCUGUGCAUGAUUUAAGAAGCGAUGCAUCAUGGGCAUUCUGCUUCUGCAUCAUGGAAAUUCCGAGCAUUCGCACUCAGAUGGGCGCAUGGGUGCAUUUUUCAAAUGCAUUUCACACGUCGCCCUGACCUGACAUGGGGAGCAUCUCAGUGUACACAUUGGGCUACACAUCAUGCUACACAGCAUGCUACUCAGUGAACAACACAUUGUGCUAAACGUGCCACUCGGCGUGCUACUCAGUGUGCUACAUAUCGCGCUAUACAUAGUGCUACACUGCGUGCUACACAGCGUGCUACACAUCGCGCUAUACAUAGUGCUACACUGCGUGCUACACAGCGUGCUACACAUCGCGCUAUACAUAGUGCUACACUGCAUGCUACACAGCAUGCUACACAGCAUGCUACUCGGUGUGCUACACAUCGCGCUAUACAUAGUGCUACACUGCGUGCUACACAGCAUGCUACACAGUGUGCUACACAUCGCGCUAUACAUAGUGCUACACAUCGUGCUACACAUUGUGCUACAUUUCGUGCUACACAGCAUGCUACUCAGUGCACAACACAUUGUGCUAAACAUCGUGCCACUCGGCGUGCUACACAGCAUGCUACACAUCGUGCUACACAUCGUGCUACAUGGCAUGCUACACAUUGUGCUACACAUCGUGCUACACGGCGCCCAUUAUCUGAUGGUGCUCUGCUUUAGCCCUUGUGCAGGCUGUGCCCAUGAUCAGAGCUGUCUCUCUCAUGCACUUUAUUUAUGGAAAUAGCUGCCGGUUAUUUAUUUAUGGUACUGCGACAGGCGAAAUGAGCUGUAUUGUUACAAGCGGUUGGACCACUUGGUUUUUCCAAAAGUGACUUUCGCACAAGAGCAAAGAAAAGAGGAAAAAACUGACUAUCAGGCGUUGUUCUUUAGUGAGAUUAAUUACAGGAAGGUCUGUAAACAUAAAGGUGUUUAAUUCUGUCUCUUUAAGAUCAGGAGCCCGAUGCCUCUAUUUUGCUAUUUUGAAGGCUCAGUGUGUGUGAGAAAUAUGGGCCUCGGGCUUCUGUACCGAGAGGUGUGGCCAGCAUUCACACAAUGCUAAAAAUGCAGAAUGGAACAGACCCUGAUGGAAGAUGUUGGGACAUGAAGAGACUGAACUUGUUUGUGCUGUUUGUACCCUGAGAAGGCAUCAUGUAUGGGCAUUGGGCGGGGAAAAGGUGGAGCUGUAGAUGCCAUAGUUGUGGUAAAACAAUGGUAUUUAUUUAUUUAUAAUACAAUGGUGGCUCGUGUUGUGUGGUUUUGCUUGGUGGCGACCGGUAUGGAUGCCUUGGAAACGUGUGGUUGUGGAGCCUGGAGUUCAGAAACGAGGCUCACCUCCGGGGGACGUUCAGACACCGCGACAGACGGGCUGUUCUGUCCCAGAACCCUACGCUGCGGUGCGUCACUCAGAACCCUACUCUGCAGUGCGUUACCCAGAACCCUACGCUGCGGUGCGUCACUCAGAACCCUACUCUGCAGUGCGUUACCCAGAACCCUACGCUGCAGUGCGUUACCCAGAACCCUACGCUGCAGUGCGUUACCCAGAACCCUACGCUGCAGUGCAUUACCCAGAACCCUACGCUGCAGUGCGUUACGCAUUCUGUGCAAAGAUGCCAUUUAGCUCUCUACAACCACUCCCACCUUUGUGAGUUGAUUGUUAAAGAGGGUUGAUUUGUACAGUUAAUUUUUAAUGCACAAAUUUGAAAGUCGGGUUGCUGUUUGGGUUAGCUUUACUAAGGUAAUGUUGUUGUAGUGUUUGUUCAUUUAAAACUAAAAUCCUUUCCAAGCACAGACCUGAAACUGCAAAUGCAGGCCUGUGGAUCCGCCUCAGUUUGGCACUUAACUAAAUAAUAUUCAUGCACUCAGUUCUGACAGUAAUGUAACAGAUUUGCAAAAAAAAAACAAACUCCAGAGUUUAAAACAGAAAAAUAUUUUUUUAAAGAAUGUAACUUAAGUUGCUGUAGCUAAGACUUUUCUGAAAGGUGGGGUUUACCUGGAUCCUGUCACAGCCACAAUGGUACAUUCUUUGAUCCAGGCGUCCAGGUGAUUGGUGCUCCUGGAAGAACGAGAAUGCAUGAGAACCUGCUGUUUACUUUCUUCUACCUGCGUCUGUAAACACUCAAAGACCAAGCAUAUCACUGUUGAUAUUUCUACCUGGCAGUGUUGAAGUAAACUGACAUUUGACAGCA